UAUGGCGGCGUGCAUGUUAUAGACAAGUUUCCUUCUGUCGGAAAGCAGGGGGAGUUGGGAAUUUCCUUUUGACACGAUGCUGCUGGUCAAAUAACGAUUAUUGUAAAUAAUAUAACCAGGUCAUCAUGGAUGAACGUCAUUGGUGGAUAGCUGGUAAAAUCCAGGAAACUUUUAAGAUCGGCGGCUAUGACAAUCCGACGCUGUUGGAGGAUUUUAUGACGGAGGAGGGAACGCUCACUAAAAUAAACCGUUUCCUUAAAUCAAGCGGUCCAUGUCGCCUAUUCUUUUAUUCAGAAAAACCGGAGAAUGCAACCUUGUCAUCAAGAGAACUGUAUGUCACUGGAACACUAGCUGCGUUAAAAGAUGUGAAUUUAGAUAAUGUAAACAUUCUUUACUUUCUCCGAAACCGUGUAGACAAAGAUGUUGAUGGUCAUCGGAUGGAAAGAGAUGUGUUCUGUGGGGAACUCAAACACAACACGAUUGAAACGCUCACAGCGUUGCUUUCAGAUGUUUACCUACCACUCAUUAAGGCACAGAAAGAAUGGGGAGAAUGCAACAAUGAAUGCCAAACUAAUCUUACACAUAGCAUGGACAAAUUUUUGACAGCUUUAAAUGAAUCAACUGCUUCUAUGCAAACUUCAAAACAGUUGAUGCUGAAGCAACCGGAAAAUAUUAUUUUGAAUGACUUCAAACAACAAAGAGCAGCUGCCCUAGAUCCUCAAUUAAUUAGUCAAUAUGAGGAACUUGUGAAUGAUUGGAUGAAUACUAUCGAGACAACACUAAAUGAUACUUCUGAUGAAAG